UCUCUUACUGCAUACCACGUCAGCUGUCAUUCUGGUAUGAGUGAACCCCGCAAACCAGAUCGCUUGCCUGUGGUACCCAGUAUUCGGGGGCAUUCGAUAUCGCUUCACAAUGUCAGUGGCCUUACAAAUCACUGAAGUUGUCUUGACUGUGAUAAUGAAAGUGCCCGACAUUAUCAGAGUCUUCAAGGAGCUUGGCAACGGGAAGGUGAAACAGGAACACGAGAAUCUUGCACAGGAACUCUGUGCCCUUCGCAAGGAACAUGAGAGGGCGUCAAAGACCAUUGACGCCCUAGUUGAGAGCCAAGAACAAUUGAACCAAACACUCCAGCUGCUGACAGAACUGCUGAUAGUGCUAAACAGCCUGUCUUCAAGGCCUUGGCCAGAUCUGCAAGAGAGCAUUCGCGACGUUUUGGGUCAAGGAGGCCUCCACCAGGACUCUGGCGUCCGUGUGAACGAGGCUCCCUCAGGGCUAACCUGUGCAGUCUGCAGGUCGACCUACAACGCGCACGAUCGUCGUCCGCUUAUCUUCUCCAGCUGCGGCCACACCUUCUGCGAGGAAUGCCUUAGGACGGAGAACCGCAAGAGUGUGUUCCGGUGCCUUUCUUGCCGGCAGGACCGCGACCAGUUCCGGACGCUGAAGCCUAACUUCGCGCUGCUCGACCUGCUCGAAGCGCUCCAGACAAGCGAGUAAGAGGCAGCAGAUUAUUAUGAUACAGAGUAAACGCGCUGCAGCAUCAUGAAGGAGAAUUGAAGCCCUAAACACAAACACACACAA